CCGAGCCGUGCGCGGCGGGAGCGGCGCAGGCAGCAGGAGAGCGCGCCGUGGAGCCGCUCCGAGCGCCCGGGGCCCCUCGCGCCGCCGCCCCGGAUCCCCGCGCCGCGCGCCGAGGCCGUCUGCGCCGUCCGUGCGCCGCGCGCUGCGCGCCCUCCGAGCCGCCGUCCGUCCAGGGCGCCCCCAGCCCCUGCCCCCGCCCCCGCCCGGCCGGGAUGGCCGCCGCUCGCGGCUGAGCGAGUCCGGGGAGGGGGGCCCCAUGGGCCGGCACGCGCCGCGCCCCCCCCGCGGCCGCCCCCUCCGGCCCGGGUCCCCCCGGGCGCCGCGGGUCCAGGCGGCCCGGAUGGCGGUCGCGGCGGCAGGGGCCGGGGCCGGGGCCGGCGCGGGCGGCAGGCGCGGCCACCACUGACGGGGAGUCGGCCGCCAGAGCAGGCGGAGGAUGCAGCGCUGGAAGGCGGCGGCCUUGGUCUCGGUGUUCUGCAGCUCCGUGCUCUCCAUCUGGAUGUGUCGGGACGGCCUGCUCCUCAGCCACCGCCUUGGACCCGCGCUGGCCCCCCUGCGCCGGCCGCCUCGCACCCUGGACGCCCGGAUCGCCCGCUUGGCCCAGUACCGUGCACUGCUGCAGGGCGCCCCGGACGCGGUGGAGCUGCGUGAGCUGACACCCUGGGCCGGGCGGUUCCCUGGUCCGCGCCGUCGAGCGGGGUCCCGGCGGCGGCGCGCGCGUGCGCGCUCGGGCACGCGGCCGUGUGGGCUGCGCGAGCUUGAGGUGCGCGUGAGUGAGCUGGGCCUGGGCUACGCAUCAGACGAGACGGUGCUGUUCCGCUACUGCGCAGGCGCUUGUGAGGCGGCCGCGCGCAUCUACGACCUGGGGCUGCGGCGCCUGCGCCAGCGGCGGCGCGUGCGGCGGGAGCGGGUACGCGCGCAGCCCUGCUGCCGCCCGACGGCCUACGAGGACGAGGUGUCCUUCCUGGACGCCCACAGCCGCUACCACACGGUGCGCGAGCUGUCGGCGCGCGAGUGCGCCUGCGUGUGACACUACCUCAGCGGCCCGGCGGGACGGCGGCUACGCUCCAGCCCCGACGGCGUCCACCGUCCCGCCUGGCAAGACCCCCAGCAGACUGCUCAUGCGCAGGAGAUGUAGUCGAGGCCUCGGGGCUCUCGCGAUAACUGUACUGAGAUAAAGUGUGGAAAACCGA